GCGUGUGUUCAGCUGUCUUGACAGACUAAUGUGGUUCACCAGAAAUUUGUGUUACAUACAGACUGGGAGCGAAUAAACUAACACAACAGAUCGGCUGGAAAAGCACCAGCUUCUGCACUUCAAAAUGAGUGACGACACAGACUCCCCUCCUGAGAGGGAAAUGAAGGAUUUUCAGUUUCGACAAAUGAAGAAAGCGAGAGUGUUUGAGCCUGCUGAAGAUUUGCCAAAAGAAAGAUCAAGUCUGCUUACCAUCUCAAACAAAUUUGGUUUAACUUUUGUUGGGUUCGACAAAACAUUCAAGGUUUACCUAACUCAAGACAUUCUGGCUGCUGAUAAAGUUGAUGGCAACUCCAAUGAGAUAGUCGAGGGGAUAGCAGCAUUGGCAGAGGUGACUGUGGAACUGGCUGUGCACCACUUGGCUCUCAGCUGUGAUGAACUUACUUUGUCAGUAUGUGGCCUGUCUGAGGAGGCAGGGUUGUCCCUCACAUUCUAUGAUGUCCGCACCUUUAUGAACAAGGCAAGACCACAGAAGUUACCUUUUGCAUCACUGCUGCCAGCAGUACCUCCUGGCACUUCAGUGCAGGACCUGAAGUGGAAUCCUGCACAGGCAUCGAUGUUGGCUGCCUGUAUGUCUGAUGGCAGUAUGAGGAUUUUGGAUGUUGCUGACAGUGUCAAAGUGCUGGCCGAGCUACCUGCAUCAAGUGGCAUCACAUGCAUUUGUUGGAGUCCAAAGGGAAAACAAGUCGCUGCAGGAAAAAUGAAUGCCACAGUCUGUCAGUACACACCGGCUCUUGAGGAAAAGAAAGUCAUACCAUGUCCACACUUCUAUACCUCCGACGAACCUGUCAAAGUUCUGGAUGUUUUGUGGCUGAGAACCUUUGUGUUUGCGGUGGUAUAUGCUGCAGCAGAUGGGUCACUCGAGACCCCUCCUGACCUAGUGUUGAUCUCCCUCCCUAAGAAGGAAGAGAAGGUGGAGACAAAGUAUCUGAACUUCAGUGACACAGUAUAUGGCAGCUGCAUUGAGCGACAACACCACUACUUCCUUAACCACGUAGAGGACUGGGACCUUGUGUUUGCGGCAUCAGCAGCUUCCAUUGAAGUCAGCGUCAUUGCCAGACAAGAGGACAAGAUCUGGGAGCUUUGGAUCCUGGAGGAUGCAAGUAGGGCUGAGCUUCCAGUGACCGAGACAAACGAAGACACUCUUCCCCUUGGCUUAGCAAUAGAUUACACCAGCCAGCAGGAGAUACACAUCACUGAUGAGAAGACCUUGCCUCCAGUGCCCACGAUGCUAAUGCUAUCCACGGAGGGACUACUCUGCCCGUUUGCUCUGCUCAACCUCAAUCCUGGGGUUAAACAACUGGUCGCACCCCCGAGUACCCUCUCCUUGGAGGGGGAGAGAGUGCCCAAGCCAGGUUCUUUGGCAAUCCAACCACCCAAAAUUGCUGCCUCCAUCCCAUCAGCGCCAGCAACAUUCCCAAACCUCGGUCUUACAGCUGCAGCGACUUCCACUCCUCCAGCCCCUGUUGCUUCUUCUUCCACCGCCCCAUUCAGCAUUGUUCCCACAGUGCCUGUGUCGUCGUCAUCAUCUUCAUUCAUUUUCUCAGUCCCAACAACAUGCUCCACCUCUGCACCUUCAGCUUUCUCUCUGGGGGGAUCCACACCUUUUGGUUCAGGAUCCUCAGGCUUCUCCUUUGCCUCUAAACCCCCCUCUGACACUCCCUCAGCACCUUCAGCAUUUUCUUUCACCCCUUCCAUCAAACCAUCAACAGUGGCAGCUCCAUCUCCUGCUCCUGCUCCGACUCCCCAGAGCCUUGCAGCCCCUUCCCCACCAACAGUGAAACUUAAUCUAAAUGAGAGGUUUUCAGCAUUGGAGACCCCAGCACCACAGUCUUUCUCCUUCAAUUCCUCACUGCCCAAAACAGUUGUCUCCAACUCCAGUAGUCUGGCCACCCCUCCGCUAUCAGCCGCUAAGCCACCAGCUGUAUUAACCCCAGUGCGUCCAGUUCAAACCAGCACACCAUCCACAGUUGUCCAGAAACCUGCUCCUGCUGCCCAGGGCCGUGUCCAGACUCCCCAGGCAGCUGUAAGUGUGAAGGCUCUGGAGAAGCAGUUACAGCAAAAGAAGGACUCUGAUCCCAUUAUGGCUGGUAUAUUGGAGGAGAUCGCACACUUCCAGAAGGAGUUAGAUGACCUGAAGGCACGAAAUGCAAAAGCUGACUUCAAGGUUGGCACCAGUGAGGAGAUGAAGGAGUUGAGGAAGGAGUCAGAGGACCUCCAUGUUUUCACGCUGGAGAUCAAGGAAACUACAGAGUCUCUCCAUGGGGACAUUGGUACACUGAAGACCACCCUGCUGGAUGGCUUUGCUGGGGCAGAAGAAGCCAAAACCCAGAGUGAGCUGAGCAGGGACACAAAUUACAGACAGCUGCUAUACAAAAAACCUCUGGAUCCACGCAAUGAGGAACAGCUCAAGGAGAUUCGCAGGCUGUACCAGUAUGUUACUUUUGCUGUGGAAGAUGUCAAUGAUGUGUUGGAUGUGGAAUGGGAGAAACACCUGGAGAAGAAGAAAAAGCAGAAACACAUGGUGGUGCCAGGGCGGGAGGGUCUGUUCACUACACUGGCCAACAACCUGUACAUUAUCAACCAGCAGAAGAACCAGUUGGACCAGUUGGUUAAGAAACUGACUUCACUGCGCCUCUAUAACAAGACUGCCACGUCAACUAUAAACUGCAAUACUGAGACAGCAACAACCGCUGGCUUGGAAGGCGAGCUUGAGAGUUUAAGGGACACACUCCAGCAAGCCAAGCUGGACACCACCCCUCCUAAGACCAAAUCUGAAUCUCCAGCCAAGAUAUCGACAGUGAAACAGUCCCAGCUGCGUAAUUUCCUCUCAAAGGGACAGAUGCCUCCUGUCCGCUCUACUGCACCAGCCAACCUGUCUCGCUCAGCCUUCCUUUCACCUAAAUACUAUGAGGACUUGGAUGAUGUGAGCUCGACGUCCUCCCUGUCCCAGUCCCUGGAGCCUCAUCCAGCUCACUUGGAGCUGGAGGAUGAGGAACUGCAGCCAGAACCUCUUCCCAUGACUGUCAUUCCACCAGCAUUGUCUGUCCCCCGCCACCCCACAGUUGUGAGGACCCCCUCUAUCCAGCCAGGCUUCGGGGCAAUCCAGUCCACCCCUUUAACCAAAAUUCACUCAGUCCAGGGUAUGGGCUUUGGACUCAGCCCUAUUGCCAGCCCUGUUCCAACCAAUAAGAUCAACCUCAGCGGGGCUGAUAGCACUGCUCUCGCCACAAAGACGGUGAAACAUGGAGCCCCACCAACUGAGAGGACCAUCCCUGUCACCAUCCCUGCCCAGCAGGCUGCAGCCACUGCUGCUCUACGCAGGCAGAUGGCCAAUCAGAAGACAGCUGUUGUCAGUGCUUCCUUGACAGAGUCCACUUUGAAGACUGUCCCUCAGGUAGUCAAUGUCCAGGAGCUAAAGGACAAAGGACCUCCUGUGCCGGUGUCUAACAUCAUCAGCUCAUCAGGAGCAGAUCCAGCUCAGGUCUUUGCAACAGUUUCCUCCAACCAGGCCAAACGAAAUCCUACUCAAGGUAUCCAGAAGAUGCCCAACGAAACUACAACCACCCCACAGGGAAGCUUCGUGUUUGGUCAGUCGGCCAAAACAGAUGUUUCCGUGGCUCCUGCUGGCUCAGCAGAACAGAGCACAAGCAAAGGGUUCUCCUUCGCAUCAGGGUCUACAGGUUUCAGUUUUGCUUCAGUUGCACAAGGAGCUGGAAUGUCACAAGGGAAAGAUGUGAAUAAAUUCUCCUUUGGUGGAAAUGGGAAGAUGAUGUUUGGCCAGACUGGAGAGGAGUCAUUCUCCCCUGCUCUUGGCACUGGAUCUCCCACCUUGCCUACAAACACGUCUGGAGACAAACCCACCUCCUCCACAGCUGCCCUCAGGAUAGAGCCACAGCCCCCAAAGACAGUUGGAGGAGAAACUCUGGGCAGUUUCUCUGGACUACGUGUAGGCCCAGGAGAAGAAGCUAAAGAUUCGUCCAUUAAAUCAACUGCUGCCUCAUUUGCCUUUGGGGAAACUGGACUUGGUAUGGGCAAGGGACCAGCGCAGUUUAGCUUCGGUGCAAUUCUUCAAAUGGCUGCAGAAGAUUCUACCGGAGCAGACUUGUCCAAGGGGGCAGCGUCAGGCAGUUUGUUCAAGCCUCCGGAAUCAAACCCCAAGCCGGCCUUCUCUGUUCCCCAGUCUAGCUCAGUUGCCUCAGCUUUACCGAUGUCUUUCAGUAGUAUUCUUGCAGCUUCUGCAGACUUAUCAGAGGAACCAAAACUUCCCCCACAACCUUCAGAACCCACCCCGCCCCCUGAAAAAGAACCUGCUACUGAACCAGCUGUAGAUAACACCAGUCUCCCGGUUGUAGCUGAGCCCACAGCAGAUGCUGUCACAGCAGAAACCACAGCAGCCACAGUUACAGCACCAUCACCUGCACCUCCUUUGGCCACAACUGCACCUACUCCAGAUGCUCCCUCCUCCAUCACUGCACCAGCUGAAGCAACACCUCCAACACCAGCCAGUGUGGCUCCUGUAAUUGAAGCCACCCCAGACAGCACCACCACCACUGCUCCUGUGGCUGCUGCCACCCCUGCUGGGGCACCUGUCUCCCAGGUAGCUCCAGUAGCAUUCCAAGUGCCCAGUUCUGACAAACCAGGUUCCAUUUUUACCCAGCCUGCCCCUGCAGCGACAGACAGCAGUUCGCUUGGAGUUUCACCAGUUAUCAGCACAGUUAGCCCUGCAACAACCCCUAAUGUUGUUAACAGUACAACAACUACUGCUGCUAGCACUGUGUUUGGGCAACCCUCUGCACCUCCAGUGUCCUCAGCUCCUUCAGCUCCAUCAGCCCCUGCAGCCCCUGCAGCCCCUGCAGCCCCAGUAUCAACAGCAUUUGGCUCAGCUGGGUUUGGUGCAUCAUCUGGAACUGGUUUUGGCAAAUCUGUAUUUGGCCAGGCGAGUGGCUUUGGCCAGCCUACCAGCAACACAGGAACAGCCAGUGGCUUUUCUUUUGGCCAAUCAGCAUUUGGAGCAAGUUCUAACAGUGCCACUACUGGAGGAGGUCUCUUUGGUGCUUCUACUGCUAGCAAUGCCAGUUCCUUCUCCUUUGGCACGAGCGGUGCCAACACAGCCAGCAGCACUGGCUCAGGGCUGUUUGGACAAAGCACAGCACCAGCAUUUGGCCAGAGCUCUGGAUUUGGACAAGGUUCUGUGUUUGGGAGUAACACCACCACAUCCUCAUCUACAGGAUUCAGCUUUGGACAGCCAUCAGCGUUUGGCUGCUCCUCUGCCACGUCUGUGUUUGGCCAACAACCCAGCAGUGGGAAUCUAUUUGGACAGCAGCAGCCGUCAUCCGGUGGGAGUCUGUUUGGUUCAAGUUCAGCCAAUACAGCGGGCUCAGCUGCUGGCGGCGGGUUCUUCAGUGGCCUGGGAGGUAAACCGAGUGAAGAUGCCGCUAAUAAGAACCCAUUUGGCACCACUGCUGCCACAGGAGGGUUUGGGCAACCUGCUCCGACAGGUGCCAACAGUCUGUUUGGGAAUAGUGGUGCCAAGACCUUUGGUUUUGGACAGACCUCCUUUGGAGAGCAGAAACCUAGUGGGACCUUCAGCACUGGUGCAGGGACUGUCGCAUCCCAGGGAUUUGGCUCCUUCUCUUCUCCGACAAAACCAGGUGGUUUUGGCAGUGCCCCAGUGUUUGGGAGUCCCCCUUCCUUUGGUAGUGCCCCAGCAUUUGGCACUGGAGCAUCUUUUGGCUCAAAUGCUUCCUUCAGCAACAACAUGGGUUCCUCAGGUGGUAAAGUGUUUGGAGAGGGAACCGCGGCUUCCAACAUGGGAGGAUUUGGGUUUGCCUCACCACCCAGUGGCCCCUCCUUUGGCGCUCUAGCCAAUCAGAACCCUCCGUCAUUUGGGGGCUUGGCCCAGCAGAGCUCUGGGUUUGGAAGUCAGCCCAGCAGCUUCUCAGGCUUUGGACAACAGCCACAGGCAGGAGGAUUCUCUGGAAACACCUUCGGGUCUACAAACCAAUCAAGGCCUCAAACAUUUGCCAGUUGGAGAAGCUAGUUUUAUUAAACCUCCAUGAGCUAGACGUCACUACUUUCUGCAAUCAAGCUCUUUGUGCCACACAGUGGGCCGAGGGAAAGGGGGAAGCUUGCUCUUGGGUUAAAGCGGUAAAUAAAGUGAAUUAGAGGAUACAUUUCCCUGCAUUUUCUUUGUAGAAAACUUUUGUGUAUUUUAAGAAAAGCUUAAGGAAAGUUUUCAAGCAGCUUGCAGCGUGCAAUUCAUUCUCUACAUAUAUGUAUAUUCAUUUGAGAGGCUUAUGCUGUAGGAGAACACAGGAGAAUCAAGUGUUAACAUGCAUACAAGCAGAAGAUGGGUAGUUCCAGGUCGCUGGAAAAACACAUUUGUUACAACGUUUAUGGAAAUCAUAGAAAACUAAAAAUGAUCUUUUUGUAAUCUGGUCCAUGAUCUUCAUAAGAAAAUAUAGUACAUUGUUGCACGUUGAUGCAGUUAACAGACUUAUCACAGUUUUCUUUUGUCAUAACAUUCAUACUCCAGUGUGACUUUUGACUUUUUGUUUCUGUAGUUUUAAAUGUGCAAAUGCACAAAAACCUUUACAUUUACUUCAAAACAUUUCAGUCUUUCAUUGAAUGAUGUGAAAUGGUCUUCUCAGCUCGGCUAUAUGAUUACUGCAGUACAGUCCUACAGUCGAACAUGUACACCCAUUUAGAAUGUACCCAAAUUAAACAAACCCAACAUUUUCAACUGUCAUAAAAAUGAUUGUGGUUUGAUGUGAGAAUAAAAAGGUCUAUUUUCUUUUUUCAAAUGA